GGCAACUGUCGGCGAGGCAUUUCUUCAAUCCUUGGUGGCUUCCUAGCAAUUCCAUAGUACACAACAAGGCACACCAUGUUCUUGUUUUGAUUUUGGUUUAUAAAUAUGGCGUUUUGAAUGAAUCAAACUGAUCUCCCUGGGAAACAAAGCAAGUUCAGUGCUUUCCCGGUUAUUUCCUUUACCCGUCUUGUUCGUUUAUUAUCUCUGGUUUUCUUUACCUCUGGGAUUUUAACUCUCCCAUUCUUGGCCUAUCAUCGGAUCUGGGGCUCUUCCUUUUUUCUCUUAGAGGGUUAGUUCAGUAUCGGAAUUGCAUUGGAGUGGUUGGAAAUUAUAUUCAAUUCACAUGAGAUUUUGACAGAAGGGCUUCAAAAGAAAUAAUUGUGCAGCUAGCAGUUGACACUGAGAAUUUGCCAUCUAUAUAUAUAUAUAUUGAAACGUGGCCAGUUUGAGGUUUCUUAGAUUCUCAGUUGUGGUCGUGAGUAGAACAGAAGUUAUUUCUUGAUAGUUUUGGUCAUUGUUGGUCCUUACCGUAUAAUUUUAUGUCAGAGAAGCUGUUAGGAGCUGCGUUUGGCAGAAAUUUUUUGGCUCUUGUAACUUUGUUGUGUGACAAUAGGAGAUAGAUUAUAGAUUGCAUUAGGUUUGUGACAUUAGGAUGGGUCUAUUAAAUGCAGAAGAUAAGGGUGCUGAACUUGAUCUUGAAAUAGGGUUGUCUGAAACAGAAGACAACUCAAAGAAAGAAUCUAAUCCAGUUGCUGCAAAACAAGAGAAGUCAUUAUUUGCUAAGGUUUCUGGAGGGGAUGUUGGUACAAAGGAAGAAAAGCCAAAUUUAUACUGUAAUGAGUCGAAUUUAAGCAGCAUUUCCAAGCAUGUGUCAAACAAGUUAUUCUCUGGACAAGAGUCAGUUGACAUGGAGAAAACCCCAGUAAAGGAGAAACGUAAGAAGGGCAGUAAUAAAAAGGCACCCAAACCUCCAAGACCUCCCCGAGCCCCAUCACUGGAUGCUUUUGACCAUAAGCUAAUCAGGGAGCUAACUGAACUUGCCAUGUUGAAGCGUGCUAGACUAGAGCGCUUGAAUGCCUUGAAGAAGAUGAGAACAUCUAAAUCAUCAUCUUCCAGUGGCAGUAGCAGCAUACUUGCCACGAUUUUCACUAUUGUCUUUUGCAUCGUGAUAAUAUUCCAAGGCAUGCCAUCUGGAAGAAGUUCAGUGUCAAACUUCCAGGGAUCUCCUCUAUCGACAAGCGUAGAUGAUGGCGUGAUCUCAGUUCAAUACCCCCUCAAUCCAUCAGCAAAUAGCCCGAAUGCUCCCGGUAUAGAGUCUCACAAUUUUGUAAAGCAGGUCACAAGUUCAGAUUGGUCAGAACGAACGAGAAGACGCUCGGGUUAAUGCGUUUUUUACCAAGAAUAAAAAUGGUGCAGUAUUUGGCCAAUAAAAGAGGGUUUAGUGUUCUUAUUCCUCUGACACGAUCCCUUUUAUCUGUUUUGUCUGUUUACGUAUUACUUCUCCUUUUAUCAUGAAACUGGGUAUCAGAACUGGGUGGGUAACUUACCACUUUUUGUAUAUUAAUCAGUGGUUUUGUUGGGGGGGCCUAAUUGCCAUAGCUGUACUGCUGGUAGUGUACAUUGGCUUGCCCAAUUCUUUUUUUAUUAUUUUUUUUGGGGCCUCUUUGGCUGAUAGCAACUUCCUGUUGCUUAAUUGUUUCAAUGGUUGUAAGUUGCAUAGUAUUUCCGAAUGUUGGAACAAAAUUUUCCUUUCCGAGGUUCAGGAGCAGUUUGUCUUCAUUUAUGAAGAAUCAGCGAGUGGACUCGG